ACGAAGGGCUGGGGAGCUUGGUAGUCCCAGGAAAAACAAAGCACGCAUUCCAUUAAGGGAGAGACAUGAGUUCGGAGACAGACAAAGGGGGCAGGUCUGUAUCCAGUGUUAGUGCAUUACUAGAGACUCUUGGAUCAAGGUACACCGAAAGAGGUCAGGCUGUAACUGAUAGUGAAUUUGUGAACCCUCUGAGUAAAGGUCAGGCGGCUGGCUUUGAAACCAAACCGAUACAAUCUCACACAAAAGACAAUGAGGGCACUGAAGGGUCUGUCUCCUCUCGAGAUGGCCUGAGGGCAGGUGAGGAUACUAAUACUUUCAGCAACUAUGCCUCAAUAAAGAACAAUGCAGAGGAUGGAGAUGGAAGUGAAAAUGAGUAUGGGGAUGAGUCUAUAAUCUCUGAUAAGCAUUCGGUGUCAAGUUCGGAAUCAAGGUCUUUACAGAAUUCAAAUGUGAGGUCUUUGAGCCCAAAUUCAGAGGGAUCCAGGCGUAGAAUGUUGGCUUGCAAACGCUGUCAUUCUCUUAAGGUCAAAUGUGUUCCUCUGGAUACCUCGGUUGAAUUCAGUACAUGUAAAAGAUGUUUCAAGAGGAACAUAUCUUGUGAAUAUAAUACUCUCCAUAAGAGGAAAAAGCCUGCCCCGUUAACCAACUCGAUGAAAUUUAAAAUCAAAGAUGACGAGAUUGGGAAACUAAGAGAGGAGCUGAAACGGAAAGAUCGAUUGAUCAAAUUGUUGAGGGGAUUUACCGAUGAAGAAGAGGAAAAAAUGGUUUCAGAGAUAUCAAUGCACGAUCGAUUGAAACUAUACGGCAAAGAAAUCAAUGAGUUAGAGGCUAUGUUACCAAGUUCAUCUAGCAGUAGUCAAUUUAUAUCGAACUCGGAAAGACGUGUGCAAUUAGGCGAAAGUCAAAUGUCAUCAUUAGAUAUAGUUGGUAAUAACAUUCUAACCUUUCAGCAAUGUGAAAAACUACUGCAUCUUUUCUUAAAUAAAGUUUAUUCCAAAUUCCCCUUCAUUGACUUGCCCUCCACACUAACUGUGGAGUUUCUCAGAGAGCAUGAGCCAUUUAUGUUCAUAAUCAUGGUGUAUAUCGGUACCAUUGCGGAUACUGAGCCAUCUGAUAUUUCAGUGGAAUCUCAGUUGCAACUUGAAUGUUUGAUAUCUAAAACUAUUGCUAUUCAUGCUCUAGUCAUUGGAAACAAAAGCAUCAAUUUACUAAAAAGCACAAUGCUAUAUAGCUUGUGGUACACAGCUCCAGAAUUGUUUCAUCAAAGGAGAUAUCAUCUGUUUUCUUCCUUCUGUGCUUCAAUGGCGCAUGAUUUAGGGGUUAGCGGACGACCUUUUUUCUUCUACAACAAAGAUGAUGGGUUGGUGAAGAAGACUUCCGUACUUGGUGACCUUCACACUAUAAAACUAAAGGCCCUGAUUUUGGUCGUUUACAUAUCUUACAUGUCAACCUCUCUUUUUUUGAAAAGAGUUAUAUUUUUUCAAUGGACAGAAUAUUUGGACAAUAGUUGUGUACUUUUGGAAGGCUCAGAUCUCAGGUCCUAUAGAAUGAUUGCACUGUAUGCUAGAAUGAAUCACUUGAUGGAGACCAUAUACUGUGAAGUACAUAAACAAUCGGAGCAAAUUACUGUCUUAGAGUUGUCGAGCACCAGAAAUAAAUUGCAACUGGUUGAGUACUUGAAUCAGUUGAAUGGUUUGAAACAAAAGAUUUCAGACAAUUUCAGGCAAAAUUCCCCAGACUAUAGUUCACUCAUGGCAUAUAUGUAUUCUGUUCAAGCAUACUUGUAUGAACCUGCUUUGCAGACAUUGAUCAACUCAAAAGAAUAUGUCACUCCGGAAUACAAAAAUGUCUUUUUCUCAACCUUGAGCCAAAUCUGUGAAUCAUGUUUACUUUCUUUGAAGCAUUUCAAUCAACUAUCCAUAGAAGACAUGACUAGCAAUCCGUUAUUUCACGUCUCAAGAAUUCUCUAUACAUCAGGUAUGUUGCUCAGAAUUAGAUACUUGAGCUUGACCAUUCCAAAGAGUGGAAAGGCAAGCUUAUUCACUGAAGAGUGUAUUUCAACUAUCAGAACCUUGACUGCUAAAGUAGAGAAAACGUGCAAAAUGUUUCCAAAGAACCAUGCACUUAAGAAGGUUGCGAACGUCUUGGGUUUAUUUGUCCACACAUGUUUGUCUCAGUGGUAUAUUUCUUACAAAAGCCUCUCUAAGGAAAUUAAGAAGCAUACACCGCUAUUCGUUGAUCCACUGUUUGACUCCGACGCAAAUCCUCAGGGCAAGCGUCGUGCAACAAAUGCCAUUGACAAACCUGGUAGUGCUGCCAGUGGAGAUGUGAGUCACAACCCAGCCAUGAGUCCAGAUAACAGCGUCAUAAAUGGUACAAAGCACAGUGCUGCGUUCAAGCCACUCAUAUCAUCGUUGCUUCAGCCGCAAACUGACGAAACCACAGGACCGAUUGCAUCCUACAAGUAUGGUUUGAAUUCACAACAACAUAGAGGUUCGGCAGUCUACUCUGUUGCACCUUCACCUCCCACUCCUGUCUUACACAUAGCAUCGAACUCGACAGGUAUCCCAGACGGAAGCAGACCGGAUAAUUCAAUCAUGAAAUUUCAGUCUACACCUGCAUACAACAACAUGAACUUCAACUCCAGCAUGAAUGUGGGGAACUUGGGUAGCAUGCCAAUGGAGCAACAGCCAACUGGUUUGGACCAGCUGGCCGGUAUCGCUGUGGGCGACCUCGGAAACGGUGCAGCCACCAACUUACCUGGACGGGUAGGCAGCAUAGAAGGUAUCGAAAAUAACUGGGAGUUCCAGUAUAUGGCUUUCAACGACGAGUUUUGGAGUGACUUGUUUUUCGGCAACGGAGAGUCCUUUACAGGCCCCGUUGGAAGCAACAACGGCAUCAUAGGGAUGGAUCCGACGCCGCUUAAUUUACAAACGAAUAACUAGGGAGGUUACGGGGCACCAGCACGGAGCAUAUUGGCUCGUUUUGUUUUCUUUUUUUCUUUUCCUCCUUCUUCAUUUUACCUGCUAUAAUUUUUUGUGUUAACUAGGCUCUUUGUAUAUCAAUGUGUAAACUACCAAGACAGAC